GGCUCUGAUCAGACUACUAGAAGAAGAAGGAAAUUUUUUUGUUUUUUUGGUGUAAUUGCAUUGCAAUUUGUGCAUAAUUUCUAAAAAUAAUUUAUAAUUAUCACACCUAUAAACAAUAUAAUAUAAAAAAUUUAAAAUACAAUAACUUCUUAAUGGAUUAAGACAGUUACCAAUAAAAACCAUGCUUGGAUAGCAAUAAAUUUCUGAGAAAUUAAAAACAGUUGUGUAAAAUAGUGCAAAACAAAAGAAAAAUCAUUGUUUUUAAACGAAAUGUAUUGAACAAGAAAAAAAAGACCCCUGCCAAGAAACUCCCCUUAAAAAGUGAGCUGCCAAAAACAAUAAAACAUUUAACUAUUGUAUUAGUAAUAAUAUUUACUAAAGUGUAAAAAUAUUUUGUGUUUUUUUGAGGGGAAAAUGUUUAAAAUCGAUAAUAAACAGGAGGGCACACCAGCCAUUAUGGAGCCUUACGAUUCUUUGACCUUCUACAAGGAAGAAGCUUUAAAACCCGAUGUUGUCAGUGAUGCCGAUUUUAAAUCAAUCACAAUUACUUCUACCGACUAUGAUGUUACCGACAAUUCAACAGAACGUUCAUUUCUUCUCAUGGAUGGCAAUGAAAAGCUACACAUCUCGUCGCCAGAAUUAUUUUGUAAACAAUUAAAAUGUUCCAAUACGGCCAAAAUAAAAGUGGUGACCAUAUUUGGCAACACCGGUGAUGGUAAAUCACAUACAAUGAAUCAUGCCUUCUUCAAGGGAGAGGAAGUGUUUAAAACAUCACCCGAACAGAAUUCCUGUACACUAGGAGUAUACGCCGCCAUGCAGCCCGAAUUGGGGGUAUUAUGUUUGGACACAGAGGGUUUACUCUCUACGUCAUCGCAAAGCAAUAGACGCAUGCGUAUGUUACUUAAGGUUUUAGCCAUAUCAGAUAUAGUUAUAUAUCGCACCAGAUCGGAGCGUUUGCACAGUGAUAUGUAUGAGUUUUUGGGCACCGCUUCUAAAGCAUUUUGUUUGCAUUUUUCACAAGCCCUGCAGUCGUUGUCUAUGCAGGGCUCGGCUAACUUAGGGCCGGCGGUUAUAGUGUUUCAUGAAACUAGACAUACCAAACCUUUGCAAAAUUCCGUCGAGGAAAGUGCUGAGGAAAAAAUGCGUGAAAGUUUCGCCCGUUUAAAUUAUGACAUCAAGGCAUUUAGUUCUUUACGUUAUGUGGGCAUACAAACCUCUUCGAGCGGCUCUACUGACUACAGCAAAUUGAUAUUUGCUUUACGUUGUGAUUUAGAAAAUACCACUGUACGUUCUCCCCGUCCGCCCAGCGUUAUAUUCAAGGCUAUGCAUGCUUUGAAUAAAAAAUUCUCGGGUGAAAUUUCCGAAAAAUCUAUAAAUCCCUUUCCCGAACAGUAUUUCACUUGUCCCAUAUUGUGUGCCUCUUGCAAUCGACGCUGCCAACGUUCCAUGGGUCAUGAUGGUGAAUCACAUCUUAAUUCUCAACCCUGCCAGCAUCAGCAUCAAUUCGAAAACAAAGUAGAACUUUGUAAAUCUUGUUAUAAUAAUGGCCGAGAGGUUAUUGUUUCACGCCUUGAUGGCUGGACUCAUUGUUCGAUAAAUUGUCCACAUUGUGGUGAGAUAGCACGUACAUUUAAAUAUUGGAAUGGUACUCAAGAUUGUGAAGCUAUACGUACACAAACGGUACAUGUUUGGAAGGAUAGUAAUUUGUUGGCCAAAGGUCCCACGCAUUCGGGACAAAUGGUUUUAGAUAAGGUUUCAUAUGUGUGUGAAGCUUUUACAAAUUUUUCGUCACAACCCACGGGAGCAUUGAAGGAAUGGUGUGCUGACAAGGUGGCACCCAAGUACUGGAAGCCAAAUAAUGAAAUAACGCAUUGCUUUUCUUGCAAGAAAAACUUUGAAAAAACCGGUUUACGUAAACAUCAUUGUCGCGGCUGUGGCGAGGGUUUCUGUGAUGCCUGCAGUCAAUAUCGUAUGCCAGUACCUGCCCGUAAAUGGUUCGAUUAUGUGAGAGUUUGCAGUGAUUGUCGCCAGCAAUUAUUGCAGCAACCAGACACUAUGCCAGGAACAAUGGCAGCAGCUAAUGCUACUACUUCUGCGGGCAUUAUAACAGAAGAAGAUGUAACGGUACGCAAAUGUGGUGAAACAUUAUAUAAUACGGUCAGUAAAGUGGCUUCAGCUGCCAUAGAAUGUACCAAAGAAAUUAUUAAAGAUACUGCUAGACCCGAUUAUUGGGUACCAGAUGCUGAAGCUGUACGCUGUCACAUUUGUAAAAUGCAAUUUGGCACUGCCGAGGAAUUGGCAUUGGCUCAUGUCUCUCUCGAUACGCCACAAAGUCCUCAGAAAGCAUUUAAAGGUGGUGAUUGUAAACGUCAUCAUUGUCGCAAAUGUGGUCAGGGUGUAUGUGCUGAAUGUUCCAAAACCCGUAGACCAGUACCUGAUCGUGGUUGGUUAGAUGAUGUGCGUGUCUGUGAUGAAUGUGUUAAUGAUAUAUCUACGUCUGUGGCUGUGCCCGGCUCCUCUUCAACCUCUUCAUCUAACAUUAAUCAGUCUCAUCAACAGCAAACGACGAAAUCCCCUUUAGAUGAUCCAUUAAAAACCAAAGUUGAAUAAAAUCAUAUUCAUCAUUUGUAUGUUACGGUUUGAUUUUGUUUUUGUUUUGAUUUUUUUUCUUUUUUUAAGAUAAUUUGGAGAUUAUAUACUCUACAGUUUUGUGUUUUAUAGUUUUUUUGCAACGUCUUCUUCUUGUGAUAUUUGAAUACCAUUAUUAUUAUAUGUAUGUUAAAAAAAAUCAUAUAGUAUAUAUAAUAUUAAAAAAAGGUUAGUAAAAAAAAGUUAUGUAUGUUGAAUUUUAACGAAAAAAAGGAAUAUUUGUAAAA